GGGACUAACUCUCAUCUCCAUCACCUCUCCCAACCCUUCAUCCUUCUAUCUAGCUACCAUGGAUGCCUGCAAACCCUAUCUUGCUUCAGUCUUGGUGCAACUCACUUACACUGGCUUCUACGUGAUCUCCAAGUUCAUCUUCGACAAGGGCGUCAACACCUACAUCUUUGUCUUCUAUCGACAAGCAGCUGCCUCUCUGUUGCUAGCACCGGUAGCCUUGGUUUUCGAGAGGAAAAAGGCUCCACCACUGACUCUCUCAAUAGCUGUGAAACUGUUCUUGCAUGCAUUGCUCGGGAUUACUUGGAGCUUGAACAUGAACAACAUAGGGCUGAAGAAUACUUCAGCAUCAGUGGCUUCAGCAUGUUCAAAUACUGUUCCUGUGUUCACCUUCUUCUUGGCCUUGCUGCUCGGGAUGGAAACCUUCAAACUGAAGAGCUUGUCAGGAGCAGGGAAGGCAGUAGGGAUAACACUUUGUUUGGCAGGAGUAAUGAUCAUUGCCUUCUACAAAGGCCCUCACAUCCCUCCUGUGCAUCUCCAUGGCCACCAUGGGCAUAGUGAAGGCUCUAUGAAUCAUGAAUCGACUCCUUCCAUGGCAACAUGGAUCAAAGGAUCCCUAUUCACGAUCAGCUCAAACUUAACCUGGUCAAUGUGGUUAGUUCUACAGGGAAAGAUACUGAAAGAAUACCCAUCCAAGCUACUUUUCACAACUCUGCAGUCCAUCUUCAGCACCCUUCAGUCCCUUGCUGUAGCCAUGGCAUUUGAGAGAGAGAUCUCCAAAUGGAAGCUGCAUUUGGAUAUGGGUCUAGUAGCUAUUAUGUAUGGUGGAUUCAUUGUGACUGGAGUUGCUUUCUAUUUACAAAGUUGGAUCAUUGAGAAGAAGGGCCCUGUUUUUGUGGCAAUAUUCACACCGCUAGCUCUUGUUUUCACCAUGAUAUGCUCAACUAUUUUAUUAGGAGAGAUGAUUUCUCUAGGAAGUGUUAUAGGUGGAUUCCUGAUGGUGGGAGGACUUUACGGCGUUCUAUGGGGAAAGAGCAAGGAGAGCAUGGUUUGCGAGCUUCCAAUUCGAGAUGAAAAAGUGAAUGUGCUAGUGAAGGAAACAGCAUGAGUUUGCCUAGCUAUUAGUAUAUAUAACCAUGUUGGCACUUGUAGCGAUUAGCUAGCCACUUAGGACCAGUUAUGCACUAAUUAACUCGGUGGCCAUGCUUCACGAAUAUGUAAGAAAGAAAAUCACCACGCAAAAGCAGCAUGCAUGAAUCAAAUGAUAAGAGGUGUUUUUCUUCUCUCAGGCAACUAUAAGUUUGGUCAGUGACAAAUUCAGGAAUUCAAGUAUGAAGGAACGAUUUUAUGUGGAACAAAGGAUGGUAUCCUGUAUUUUCA